AUGAGCCCGCCGCACACCAUGACAUCCAACGAGGUUUAUUUGUUACCGCUGAACGAUGAUGGCUCGCCUCAGGUGCAGGGUGAAUACAUCUAUCUCGCGCCCAGGUCUGACGACCCUAUAACGGUUCGUUUUGCCAUUGAGGGCACCUCGUCAAUCUGCCGCCAUGGCAGCCUCUGGGUCAACAUUCCUGAUCAAGGGGACGACUUCCGUCGUGACAAUUUCCGCGAGUUCAAGCUUACACCCGAUUUCAACCGUACCCUCGAAAUCUCCAUUCCCAUCUAUCAACCGGGUGCCUAUACUUUCUACACUACCUACGCCGAGCUCCCUGAGCUCAAGAAGGAGUUAAGGGAUAGCUCCGAACAGAAGGAGAACCUCAAGAAGACCCCUCUUUACUACAUCGAUGUUGCGCCUAGGCUCAAGCUUGAUGGUCGGCCCUUGCCGUUACCUGCUUUGUCGAUUUUCUCUGUGAUUAGCAAGUUUAUGGGCAAGUACCCCAAUGAUUGGGAGCGCCACCUUCAUGGUAUUAGCGAUCGUGGCUAUAAUAUGAUCCAUUUCACCCCUCUUCAAGUGCGCGGAAUUUCCAACUCUCCGUACAGUUUGUAUGAUCAACUCGGCUGGGACUCAUCUUGCUUCCCAGAAGGCGAGAAUGAUGUGCAGAAGAUGGUGGAAAGUCUCGAAAAAAAUCAUUCCCUUUUGAGCUUGACCGACAUCGUCCUAAACCACACGGCGAAUAACACCAAAUGGCUUGAGGAGCACCCCGAAGCUGGUUACAACUUGGUCACUGCCCCAUGGCUCGAAUCCGCUUACCAACUCGAUACAAAACUCCUAGAGUUGAGUGAAAACUUGGCGAAGCUUGGCCUACCUACCGACGUCAAGUCUGACGAUGAUUUGUUACUCAUCAUGGACGCCAUCAAGACCGAGGUUCUUGCCAAGAUCAGGCUUUGGGAAUACUAUGCGCUCGAUGUCGAACGGGAUGCCGAAGAGGCUGUCAAGGCCUUCUCGAAAGGAAGCAAAUACAACUCUGAAGACUCUUCGGAGUUCGAGAAAAAGUUGGAAAGCGCCAAAGCUGCGCCUGUUGAGGGCCAAGUUGCCUUUUUCAGGGAGUUUGGUCUGUCAGGAACCGAUAGAAUGGGCGAACGAUUUCGCAAGCGAGUUAAGCCUGAUGUCGCUGCAAGCUUUCUGGCAUCGACUGUCGGGUCUUCUGAUGAGAACGCGGCGAAGACUAAGAUCACUGAGAUUUUGAACAUCCUCAACGUGGACUGCUACAAAGAGUACGAUGCUGAAGUGGAUGACAUACUCCAGCAAAUCUUCAACAGAAUAAAGUAUGUCCGAAUCGAUGAACAUGGUCCCAAGCUUGGCGAGAUCAACGCAGAAAACCCCUUGAUCGAGUCUUACUUCACUCGACUUCCCAGUAACGACACAACGUCCAAGCUCAAGCCCGAAGAGAUGGCCUUGGCCAACAACGGAUGGGUUUGGGGUGGCAAUGCACUAGUUGACAAUGCAGGUCCUGAUUCAAGGGUCUACCUUCGUCGAGAGGUCAUUGUCUGGGGCGAUUGUGUCAAACUACGAUACGGUUCAGGCCCUGAGGAUAACCCUUGGUUGUGGGAGCACAUGACUAAGUAUGCUCGUACUCUGGCCAAGUACUUUGCUGGUCUUCGUAUCGACAACUGUCACUCUACCCCAAUUCAUGUUGCCGAACACAUCCUCGAUGAGGCGCGCCGGGUGCGACCUGACCUGUAUGUGGUAGCUGAAUUGUUCACAGGCUCAGAAGAGAUGGACUACGUGUUUGUGAAGAGACUUGGCCUCAGCUCUCUAAUCCGUGAAGCCAUGCAGGCAUGGAGCACGGGCGAGCUCAGUCGGCUGGUUCAUAAGCAUGGUGGACGACCUAUUGGAAGCUUUGAGGUUGAUGAGGUUUCCAAGUCGGACACCCGUACUCCAUCGGGUAGCCCAACCACAGCCAAGAGCGACGACACGAACGGAACUGGUUCUCGUUCAAGAGAAAUCAUUCGAACGAUUAAGCCAAGCCCUGUACAUGCCUUGUUCAUGGAUUGCACCCACGAUAACGAGACACCUGCACAAAAGCGUGACGCUCGCGACACUCUACCUAACGCUGCUCUUGUCUGCAUGUGCUCAAGCGCUACUGGAAGUGUUAUGGGUUACGAUGAAAUCUACCCCAAGCUUGUGGACCUUGUGAACGAGACUAGACUCUACACAUCUGCCUCUUCCGGAUCAAAGCCGAUUAAGAUAGGAGGCGGCGAGGACGGAAUUGGUGGCGUCAAGAAGCUGCUCAACCAGAUCCACACCUUAAUGGGCAAAGAUGGAUACGAUGAGACUCAUAUUCAUCAUGAAGAUCAGUAUAUCACCGUCCACAGAGUGCACCCCGAAUCUCGCAAGGGUUACUUCCUCAUUGCACACACUGCCUUCCCAGGUUACGGCAACGGAAACGGUGACUUCAGCCCUGUUCAACUGUCUGGUACCAAGGCCCGACACCUCGGCAGCUGGAUGCUCGAAGUCGAUGCUAGCGAGGAGGCGACACAACAAGUCCUCGGUGACAAGAAGCACCUACGUGGAUUGCCUAGCCGGGUUAAGGAUGUACCUGGCAUCCGAAUGGAAAUCAACGGUGACGACACUACAAUCACCGUACGUGAUAAAUUCCCCCCAGGAAGCAUCGCUCUCUUUGAGACCUGGAUCCCCGCGGCCGAGCACUCGUCUGGCCUGGACAACUAUGUUACAUCGGGAGCCAAGGAAGCAUGGAGCGAACUCAGUUUGUCUGACCUCAACUUCUUGAUGUACAGAUGUGAAGCCGAAGAACGAGCCGAGAGCGAUGGUCGAGAUGGUGUAUACGAUAUUCCUGGCCAUGGCAAGCUUGUUUAUGCUGGCCUCCAGGGAUGGUGGAGCCUCUUCAAGUACAUCAUCAAGGACAACAACUUGGCUCACCCAUUGUGCCAGAACCUUCGAGAUGGAGAAUGGGCCCUUGACUUCAUCUUGGCCAGACUUGAAAGAAUCAGCGCCACCCCAGGAAAUGAAGCGCUUGCGCAACCUUUGAGAUGGCUAGAAGAGCGAUUUGAUGCUAUUCGAAAGAUCCCCAGUUUCCUCCUCCCCCGGUAUUUCGGCCUCGUACUACGUACUGCUUACAUGGCGAGUUGGGAAAAGUCACUUGAGCUCAUGAACACCAAUGUGCGAGACGGUCAAUGGUUCUUGCAAAGCUUAGCCAUGGUCAGCGUCCAACAGGUUGGCUAUGUGAAGUCAGCAUCUCUGUGGCCAAACAAGCUAGUUCCUUCUCUGGCUGCCGGCCUUCCUCACUUUGCUGUAGAGUGGGCGAGAUGCUGGGGCCGAGAUGUAUUCAUCGCCCUUCGAGGACUUCUCAUUGGCACUGGCCGUUUCGGUGAUGCCAAGGAGCAUAUCCUUGCAUUUGCCAGCGUGUUGAAGCAUGGCAUGAUCCCCAACCUUCUCAGCAGUGGUGAUGCGCCCAGAUACAAUUCUCGAGACUCUAUCUGGUUCUUCCUCCAGUGUAUUCAAGACUAUACCCGAUUCGCCCCUGAAGGUCUUGACAUCCUGAAGGCCAAGGUCAAGCGUCGUUUCCUACCUUAUGAUGACACAUGGUUCCCCACUGAUGAUGAGAGAGCUUACUCAAAGGAGAGCACAAUUGAGGAGGUGAUCCAAGAAGCCCUCCAAAGACAUGCUUCGGGGAUGAAGUACAGGGAAGCAAAUGCCGGCCCCCAAAUCGAUUCCCAGAUGAAGGAUGAAGGCUUCAACCAGGAGAUCAAGGUUGACUGGAACAACGGUAUCAUCUUUGGCGGCAACCAGUUCAACUGUGGCACAUGGAUGGACAAGAUGGGCGAGAGUGAGCGGGCAGGCUCCAAGGGUGUCCCUGGAACUCCUCGUGAUGGUGCUGCUAUCGAGAUUACUGGUAUGCUGUACAGUACUCUGGAUUGGCUUGCUGGACUCAACCAAAAGGGCAAAUACGCCUAUGCCGGCGUGGACAAAUCUGAUGGUGGCUCUAUCUCGCUGGCUGACUGGGCCAGCCUGCUCAAGGCCAACUUCGAGCGCUGUUACUACGUCCCUGUCUCGCCAGAGGACGAUUCCAAGUACGACGUCAACACCCCGAUCAUCAACCGUCGAGGCAUCUACAAGGAUCUGUACAAGUCUGGAAAGGAGUACGAGGACUACCAGCUGCGCCCCAACUUUGCCAUCGCCAUGACUACCGCACCGGGUCUGUUUGAUCCGGAUCAUGCGAUGCAUGCGCUGUGUGUUGCCGAUAAGGCUCUUCGAGGACCCCAGGGCAUGGCUACUCUGGACCCUGCGGAUUUGAACUACCGCCCCUACUACGUCAACAGCGAAGAUAGUGAUGACUUCUCAACAAGUAAGGGACGCAACUACCAUCAGGGACCUGAGUGGAUAUGGCCUACUGGCUUCUUCCUCCGAGCCCUGCUCAAGUUCGACCUGAAGAGGCGAACAACAGCUGAGGGUCGCACCGAGGCUUUCCAGCAGGUUACUCGAAGACUUAGCGGAUGCAAGAACAUGAUACAGCAGAGCCCAUGGGCUGGUCUGCAAGAGCUGACACAAAAGAACGGCGAAUACUGCGCUGAUUCGAGUCCCACACAAGCUUGGUCGGCCGGAUGUCUUAUCGACUUGUACAUGGACGCCAUGGAGGAACAGAAUGGAGCGUAG